CCCAAACCCCCAUCCAUGGCUCCCAUCCAUGGCUCCUUCUCCAUAGGUUCCCACCCAUGGAUUCCCAUCCCAAACCCCCAUCCAUGGAUCCCAUCCGUGGCUCCUUCUCCAUAUGUUCUCAUCCAUGGAUUCCCAUUCCCCGUCCCACCCCCAUCCCCGCCUCUCCUCCCACGGAUCCCGUUCCCGGUGCCCCGGGGGAUUCCGGGCGGUUCCGAUCCGUGUCUCUCCGGCAGGUGCGGGCUGCGGGGCGGUUACGUGGAGGUGGUGAACAUGCACCCCGAGGUGAAGGCCGAGCUCUCCAAGCUCGUGUCGGUCCGGCUGUGCCCGCCCGUGCCGGGACAGAUGGUCCUGGACGCCAUCAUGGACCCGCCAAAGCCCGGAGAUCCCUCCUACGAGCGCUUCCAGGCUGAGAAGGAGGCCGUGCUCAGCGCCCUGGCGGAAAAGGCGCGGCUGACGCAGGAGAUCUUCAACCGCACCCCGGGGAUCCACUGCAACCCCGUGCAGGGAGCCAUGUACUCCUUCCCCCGGAUCGACCUCCCGGACAAAGCGCUGGCCGCCGCCAAGGAGAAGCAGCAGGCCCCGGACAUGUUCUUCUGCAUGAGGCUCCUGGAGGAAACCGGGAUCUGCGUCGUCCCGGGAAGCGGCUUUGGACAGAAGGAAGGCACCUUCCACUUCCGGAUGACGAUCCUGCCUCCCACGGACAAACUGAAAAUCCUCCUGGAAAAACUCAGCGCCUUCUACACCAAAUUCGUCCAGGAAUUCUCUUAAAAAUUCCCGCCCGGAAUUCUCCUCUCCCGGCUUUUCCGGGCGUUUUUUUUUUUGGGAAUUGCGGGGCAGGUCCCCCCCCCAGUGUUCCCAAAUAAAGGACGCUGAACGGCCCCGC